UUAAAAAUCCUUAUACUUUUUGGCUUUAAAAAAAUUCUGAUGCCUUAGCUCAUCUCCUCGUUCAAUUGUGUGUCUGUUUUUUGUGCUCUUGGUUUUUCUUAGGUGUCUAAAGGUUAAUGAAGGUUAAAAAUUAUCAAUAUUGGAAGUUAGAGUAGGUUUUCUCAAUUCUUAAGUGAGUUUCUUCUGGAGAAAGUGAAUAUUGAAUAUAAAAAUCCAUGAAUUUCUACUUCUAAGUGAACGCAGCAGUCCUCGCUUUAGAGAAUAUGUGUACUUCUUAAUAUGUAUAUGUGUAUAACCUGUGUCCCUGUGGUGGCCAGAAUUUACUAUGAGUAAUUCUGUCUCUGGCCAUAGUGUCCAGACAGAAAUCCCUGUACGCUGAUUACCCUUUUCCACCAGGUUUAGACCAGAUACAAAUAUCUGGGAGUAAAGACUGAGUUUUUCUUGAACAUGUGAUUUGCAUCUAAACAAAAUGUGUUAACAGUUUUUGUUUGUUUUUAGUGAGAAAUAAAAGGCAGCGAUUUUGAUUUGUAAUGUCUCUUGUUAGGACAAGUAAAAGGAAAAAAAAAUACUUAAAGUGAGCCAGAAUUACUGACUAGGGAAUGAUAGUCAUAUAGGUUCACAGUGAAGCUUAGAAAUCCUUUUAUGGUUCUAUUUCCUCUCUCUUUUGCUUUAGCUCUGUUCAGGAAACCAAAAACUGGCAGCAGACUAGUUGGAAGAUAGAUAAGGCUUUUUUUUCGUAGUUAACCUAAGAGGAUAUCACUAGAGACUUGGAAGUAAAGAGAGCUACCUGCAAAGACUUCUAAUGCUAAGAUUACCUGGAACCUGAAUGCCCUUUGUUAUGCUGCAGGUGUGGAAUAUCAAACAAAUGAUUAAGUUGACACAGGAACAUAUAGAGGCGCUAUUGGACAAAUUUGGUGGGGAGCAUAAUCCACCAUCAAUAUAUCUGGAGGCAUAUGAAGAAUACACCAGCAAGCUAGAUGCACUCCAACAAAGAGAGCAACAGUUAUUGGAAUCUCUGGGAAACGGAACUGAUUUUUCUGUUUCUAGCUCUGCAUCAAUGGACACCGUUACAUCUUCUUCCUCUUCUAGCCUUUCAGUGCUACCUUCAUCUCUUUCAGUUUUUCAAAAUCCCACAGAUGUGGCACGGAGCAACCCCAAGUCACCACAAAAACCUAUCGUUAGAGUCUUCCUGCCCAACAAACAGAGGACAGUGGUACCUGCAAGGUGUGGAGUUACAGUCCGAGACAGUCUAAAGAAAGCACUGAUGAUGAGAGGUCUAAUCCCAGAGUGCUGUGCUGUUUACAGAAUUCAGGAUGGAGAGAAGAAACCAAUUGGCUGGGACACUGAUAUUUCCUGGCUUACUGGAGAAGAAUUGCAUGUGGAAGUGUUGGAGAAUGUUCCACUUACAACACACAACUUUGUACGAAAAACAUUUUUCACCUUAGCAUUUUGUGACUUUUGUCGAAAGCUGCUUUUCCAGGGUUUCCGCUGUCAAACGUGUGGUUAUAAAUUUCACCAGCGUUGUAGUACAGAGGUUCCACUGAUGUGUGUUAAUUAUGACCAACUUGAUUUGCUGUUUGUCUCCAAGUUCUUUGAACACCACCCUAUACCACAGGAAGAGCCUUCCUUAGCAGAGACUGCUCUUACAUCUGGAUCAUCCCCUUCUGCACCCCCCUCAGACUCUAUUGGGCCCCAAAUUCUCACCAGUCCGUCUCCUUCAAAAUCCAUUCCAAUUCCACAGCCCUUCCGACCAGCAGAUGAAGAUCAUCGAAAUCAAUUUGGGCAACGAGACCGGUCCUCAUCAGCUCCCAAUGUGCAUAUAAACACAAUAGAACCUGUCAAUAUUGAUGACUUGAUUAGAGACCAAGGAUUUCGUGGUGAUGGAGGAUCAACCACAGGUUUGUCUGCCACACCUCCUGCCUCAUUACCUGGCUCACUCACUAACGUGAAAGCCUUACAGAAAUCUCCAGGACCUCAGCGAGAAAGGAAGUCAUCUUCAUCCUCAGAAGAUAGGAAUCGAAUGAAAACACUUGGUAGACGGGACUCGAGUGAUGAUUGGGAGAUUCCUGAUGGGCAGAUUACAGUGGGACAAAGAAUUGGAUCUGGAUCAUUUGGAACAGUCUACAAGGGAAAGUGGCAUGGUGACGUGGCAGUGAAAAUGUUGAAUGUGACAGCACCUACACCUCAGCAGUUACAAGCCUUCAAAAAUGAAGUAGGAGUACUCAGGAAAACACGACACGUGAAUAUCCUACUCUUCAUGGGCUAUUCCACAAAGCCACAACUGGCUAUUGUUACCCAGUGGUGUGAGGGCUCCAGCUUGUAUCACCAUCUCCAUAUCAUUGAGACCAAAUUUGAGAUGAUCAAACUUAUAGAUAUUGCACGACAGACUGCACAGGGCAUGGAUUACUUACACGCCAAGUCAAUCAUCCACAGAGACCUCAAGAGUAAUAAUAUAUUUCUUCAUGAAGACCUCACAGUAAAAAUAGGUGAUUUUGGUCUAGCCACAGUGAAAUCUCGAUGGAGUGGGUCCCAUCAGUUUGAACAGUUGUCUGGAUCCAUUUUGUGGAUGGCACCAGAAGUCAUCAGAAUGCAAGAUAAAAAUCCAUACAGCUUUCAGUCAGAUGUAUAUGCAUUUGGGAUUGUUCUGUAUGAAUUGAUGACCGGACAGUUACCUUAUUCAAACAUCAACAACAGGGACCAGAUAAUUUUCAUGGUGGGACGAGGAUACCUAUCUCCAGAUCUCAGUAAGGUACGGAGUAACUGUCCAAAAGCCAUGAAGAGAUUAAUGGCAGAGUGCCUCAAAAAGAAAAGAGAUGAGAGACCACUCUUUCCACAAAUUCUCGCCUCUAUUGAGCUGCUGGCCCGCUCAUUGCCAAAAAUUCACCGCAGUGCAUCAGAACCCUCCUUGAAUCGGGCUGGUUUCCAAACAGAGGAUUUUAGUCUAUAUGCUUGUGCUUCUCCAAAAACACCCAUCCAGGCAGGGGGAUAUGGAGAAUUUGCAGCCUUCAAGUAGCCACCAUCAUGGCAGCAUCUGCUCUUAUUUCUUAAGUCUUGUGUUCGUACAAUUUGUUAACAUCAAAACACAGUUCUGUUCCUCAAAUCUUUUUUUAAAGAUACAAAUUUCCAAUGCAUAAGCUGAUGUGGAACAGAAUGGAAUUUCCCAUCCAACAAAAGAGGAAAGAAUGUUUUAGGAACCAGAAUUCUCUGCUGCCAGUGUUUCUUCAGCAAAAAUACCACGAGCAUACAAGUCUGCCCAAUCCCAGGAAGAAAGAGGAGAGACCCUGAAUUCUGACCUUUUGAUGGUCAGGCAUGAUGGAAAGAAACUGCUGCUACAGCUUGGGAGAUUUGCUAUGAAAAGUCUGCCAGUCAACUUAGCCCUUCUAACCACCAGAUCAAUUUGUGGCUGAUCAUCUGAUGGGGCAAUUUCAAUCACCAAGCAUCGUUCUCUUUCCUGUUCUGGAUUGUUGUUGUGGAACUCUUUCCCCUAGCGACCACCAGUUAAUUUCUGAGGGAUGGAACAAAAAUGCAGCUUGCCCUUUCUGUAUGGUGCGUGCAUGUUCAGGCCUUGACAAAUUUUAUCAAAAGGAAGCUAUUUUAUUUAAAUGGAGGCUGAGCAGUGAGAAGUAGAUGUGUCUUGGUAUGGAGGAAAAGGGCAUGCUGCAUCUUCUUCCUGACCUCCGGGGUCUCUGGCCUUUCGUUUCCUUGCCCACUGAGGGGUCUGCUUAACCAAACAGGCUAGAUAGUGCUGGCACAUAUUGCCUUCUUUCUCAUUGGGUCCAGCAAUUAAGAUAAGUGUUUGAGGAUUUUUUUUCCUCCACAAUGUAGCAAAUUCUCAGGAAAUACAGUUUAUACCUUCCUCCUAUGCUCUUCCAGUCACCAACUACUUAUGCGGCUACUUUGUCCAGGGCACAAAAUGCCAUGGCAGUAUCUAACUAAAAGCCUACAAAACUGCUUAAUAACAGUUUUGAAUGUGAGAAAUUUAGAUAAUUUAAAUAUAAGGUACAGGUUUUAAUUUUUGAGUUGCUUUUAUAUUUUUAUUAAAAAGAAAAUAAUUUUCAGAUUUAACUGAAUUGGAAUAAAAUAAUACUUCCCACUAGAAUUAUAUAUCCUGAAAAUUGUAUUUUUGUUAUAUAAACACCUUUUAAGAAAGAUCAUUAUCCUUUUCUCUACCUAAAUAUGGGGAGUCUUAGCAUAAUGACAAAUAUUUAUAAUUUUUCAGUUAAUGGUACUUGCUGGAUCCACACUAACAUCUUUGCUAAUAAUAUCAUUGUUUCUUCCAACUUAUUCGUAACACUACAUCCUACAUCUUCUUUCUAGUCUUUUAUCUAGAAUAUGCAACCUGAAAUAAAAAUGGUGGUGUCUCCAUUCAUUCUCCUUUUUCCUUUUUUCCCAAGCCUGGUCUUCAAAAGGUUGGGUAAUUUGGCAGCUGAAUUCCCAGGCAGAGAACAGAGCAACUUUAGGCAUAUUGGGACUGAGGGAGGGUGUGGAAAACUUAUCAUCAGUUGUUUUUAUAGAAAGAGCUGGUGUUUAUUAAGAACCUAAAUCUUUCUUAUCUUUGCACAAAUGGAAAAUAUAACCUAGUUAUAGCUUCCUUUGGCCUUUAUUAAAGGGUAAUAUCAAUUACAGUCAUAGCAAAGAAAGUAUAUGUAUUAAUGGCAAAUUAAUGGAAAACCUCCCUUAAUCAGGAAUCUAGACUCAGAAUUUAGGAAUGUAAAUCAAGUCAGAUAUACUUAGACCAACCAAGCUAGAGCCAAGGAUUUGAAAGAAAUUAAACAGGACCCAGAAUAAAUCAACGAAUUGGAAAUGGUUAUUUAAAAUUUUCAGAUUGUAACUCCAGGCCCUGCUAUCUGUAUUUCAGCCUUCUAAAAGCUCACUACCAUUAGAUGAUUUUUGCUAACAUACAUGUGUUCAGAAGAAAGCCUAUUGAAAUUUUCAUGGACUUGUAAAAAGUUGUCCUUGUAAAAUGCAAUCAGUUUGAAAAGCAAAUUGUUUUUAAGUUUUACAUCAGCAGGGCAAUGUCUUAAAAAUUCAGAAAUUUGCAAAGAUGGAAAUAAUUCACACUGAUUUGAAGACUGUGCAUAAUACUGCCUUUCUUGAAAAGCAUUGGCUAUUUUUUUUUUUUUAAUGUCUCUAGAUGCUUUUAUAUGUGGCUGUGUUCCCUUUACCAAGAUUGGCUUCAAGUUUCUGCAGGUUGAGAGACCUGGGCUUGAACAGACGAUGUGUUUCAUGUCCUGCUGAGGAGGCAGAAUGUGUGCAUGGCUGGGAGCAGGACUGCGUCAGCCAGGCAGUGGCAGCACCAUUAGGGAGCAAGCUGAGCAUUUGAAUUUCCUAAACAAUAUUCAGGGUGAUACACUGUUUCUUCCCUUGCAUUCUAGAAUAGGCUGGUAUCUCAUUUGAGUAGGGAGAGCAGACCUGAUCUCAAAUGAAGCUGUGCCCAGGAGCCAGGCUCAGCAUAUUGAGAUUUUUUUUAUAGAGACCUUAAAAAAUAAAAUAUUUAACCUCUCUUUUCUUCCUUUUUCCAUUAAAUAGUUUUUUUCUCUAGUUUACAAAUGACAUGAAAAUAGAUUUUGUGUUUUAUCUGCUUUAUUUUUUGAUGCUUAGAUAACAGACUUAUUGAGCUCCUAAAAACUAUACCAGGAAGAAGUCCUUAUUUAUGAAAGCACUUUAUGAGUAAUUGUAUAGACGGUAUGUGGCUGCGUCACUGACCAUCUUGUAAGGGUGUCACAGUCUUGUCUGUAGUGGCCGCAGUGCCUUCUGUAGUGUGUUUUAGUUUUGGUAGGGAGAGGUGAAACCCUCUGAAAAAUUUGAGAGCAACUAAAGCAGAUUGUUUUUAACUGUGUAGUAUUCCUGAUGGACUUUUCUCAUCAUUACAGUCUAGGACAUAGACUUUUGCCACUGAAAUAAUAUUGACCAAAAAAAGUAGUUUUUAAAAGGGAUUUGUGAAUAGAAAAUGUGAUUGUUUAUUGUUAAUGUGCACCUUAAAAGAAGAUUCUGUCUAGCUGUCAAAUUCUGGUUCCUGAACAUCCCACCCCUGAUUGUAUUUGAGAUCUAGUAGGGGGCAUUCCAAAAGAUAAAAUCCCAUAUAAAUGAUAUGUGCUAUAUUUAUGUUGGUGUUGGAGAAGAAAGUGCAGUAUAUAAAGAAAUAAGAUAGCAGCACUGUCAGCCUGAAACUUUGUAAAUAUUUCCUAGCUUCUGGUUUGGUGCAGUGGCAGCACUUUCAUCACAGGAUGUUACCUUGUAUUCAUCAGUGGAGUGCGAGCUGCUGCACACCCUCCUCAGAUCUCACCUGUCCCCACUGUACAUCCACCUCGCCAGCCGCUUGCAAACCUCAUCUCUAGUUUUAGUUUGAAACCACAUUGCAGGGUUCAGGUGACCUCUUCAAAAAACUACCUCCUCGGAAUGAGGUCAUGAAUAGUUAUUUAUUUUAAAAUAAUGAAAAGUCAGGAGCUCUAGAACAUGACGAUGAUUUAAGAUUUUAACUUUUUUGUGUACUUGUAUUUGAGCACUCUCAUUUUGUCCUAAAGGGCAUUAUACAUUUAAGCAGUAACACUGUAAAAAAAAAAAAAAAAAAAUGUGUUGCUCAGAAUAUCUGAAUGUUGUUGAAAGUGGUGCCAGAACCUGUUGAGGGGUACGUUUCAGAAUCUUAACCUUGAAUCAGUUGCAUGAAAAUAAAUAGCUAUGGUAUCACUUCACUAAUAGUGAUUUAAUUUUCAGUAGGCUUGGCAAGACAGUACCUCAUUAUAAUGAGUUAGGUGCAGCUUUGUCAUGUGCACAGGCAUUCAUAGAGAGACUGCCCAGCUAAGAGGUAGAAUGAUUACUCUUUUUGCAAGAUUCUCUUCUUUGUCCAAGUUGGCAUUGUUAGUGCUAGAAUACCGGCACCUUGAGACUAGCAGAUUCCAACCAUUAGGCUGUAAACACCAUAGCCAGAGAUGGAAGGUUUACUGUGAGUAUGAACAGCAAAUAGCUUACAGGUCAUGUGUUGAAAUAGUAUAUAUAGGUGAGGCUCUAGAAAAAUACCUUGACAAUUUGCCAAAUGAUCUUACUGUGCCUUCUUGAUGCAAUAAAAAAGCUAAAAUUUUAGCAGAAAUCAGUGAUUUGUGAAGAGAGCAGCCACUCUGGUUUAACUUAGCUGUGUUAAUAAUUUUUAGAGUGUAAUUUAGACUGCAUAGAUAAAUGCACUAAAGAGUUUAUAGCCAAAAUCACAUUUAACAAUGAGAGAACACACAGGUAAAUUUUCAGUGAACAAAAUUAUUUUUUUAAAGCACAUAAUCCCUAGUAUAGUCAGAUAUAUUUAUCACAUAGAGCAACUACCUUGAAAAUACAGUUAGUUCAGUGACAUUUCUAGAGAAACUUUUUCUACUCCCAUAGGUUCUUCAAAGCAUGGAACUUUUAUACAACAGAAAUGUUGACAGAAAUUUCAAGAAAUUGCUGUAGUUUAGGGUUGAAGUACUGUAUGAUGGGCAGCAAUUAAUGUAUUAACUUAGAAGGGGAAAUUGAAAUACAGGACAGAAUUUGGUUUUAUCAGUUUCCAGAGUACUGCUGCCAACCUAGACACUGAUUUUUCAAAGUUUGAAAUGUAAAUUUCCUCCCAGGACUUGCUUGCAAGUGAAGCUGGACUGCGCUAGUCAUCCUGCCCCAAAGCACUGUGGGGUCUGGGGUGGAGGUCUCUCAAGUCAAGGCGUCCUUUAUGAUGUGGCAGUUGGAUGUAAAAGAAAACAUUCCAUGGUGUGAUUCUUGUAUCUUCUUUCAUUCCUCACCAACAAAAGAGGAAGCCCAUGUAUUGUCUCCAGUGCAUCCUUGAAAUGUUACACAGGGAUGGAUUACUGAUGCCUGUCAGCAGUUGAGCCCCAGAAGAGGGUAUUAGCAUCUCUGCCUCAGGCGAUGAUUUGUAGCUUGGCCAGAGGCGAGUGGAGUCACCAGUGUAUUUGUGGUCCGUGUUGCUAGCUCUGGUAAAACUGAAAAUAUUGGUAAGAUGUUUAUUUUAUUAGUAUACUAGAUAGCCCUGUUUUGUUGUUUUCAAAUAAGCUAUUUUCACUUUUGUUUGGGCAAGGACAUUUAAGUCGAAAUUCAGUUCUAAUUUUUGUUAAUUGUGGAAAGAGUAACAGUUCCUAUCAGGUAUUUUUAAGGUGGAAGAGGACAGAAACCCAAGUCCUAAAAUCUUAAGAUAACAGUGCUU